AUGUCUGAAAUUCAACUCCUGCACAAUCUCUCGGUUGUUCGUUUAUGUAAACGGUUGUUGUCAGAAGAAACUGAUAAAAAUCAUCUUCAGAAAAAUGGACAUACUCUCACUCAAGAAGACCGUUUAAUUAUGCGCCUCAAGUCAUCAAAACCCUUAUCCACCUUCAUCAAAUCAUUUCGUGAAAGACAUGAGGACUGGAUUAGUCUCGUUCAUUAUUUGUUUUACAAAAAUAUAUCAGGUAAAUGGAAGUCAAGAGAGCAAAAACGUCGGAAUAGAAAAGUUCGCGGAUCCUUACCACUGCCUCCUGCACCUGUACAAAAAACAGAAUUUGAUAUUUCGGAGGAUCAGAGCAACUCUCACUCAUCCUAUCGUAUUCACAACGCAUGUUCGGAAUCUGAAAAUUGCGUAAAAAAGCUUUCAUUUAAAGAUACACUUGCUGAUAAGGACAUAUUUAAUAAUACUAAUAUAGCAAUGCCAGAAAUUAUCACUCGAUUACUUGAACGAAAAGGAAUUCCUACAAAAAGCAACGAUAUAAAAACUACUUCCGGAUCCUCAGUGACAAAUUCCACUACCAUGGAUCAUAAUCUUUCUUCUAUAACAGAUGGAUCAAUUGAACGAACAGUGAAUAAAUCAAAAAAACUGAAACUGCCAUUAAAAUCUAAUAUCUCAUCUAAUUCUAAUCAUGAAAUUCCUGCAGAAACUCAUCAAUUAGAAAAUUCAUUAAUUGAUGAUGAACUUGACGAUCCACUUGGUGAUGAUGAUAAAGAAGCUAGAAAGUUAUUUAAAAAGAAACAUUUAAAGAAUCCUACAAAACAACAACAUUUGAAAAAGAAUUCUUCUUCAUACAUAUCUCAUAAAAAACAAAAUGUUACCAAAUUUCCUGACAGAAUGAAACCAAAAACUUUACAAAUGCACAAAACAACCAGUAAUACUGCUACAGAAACUGCUGUAAUCUCUGAAUUAUCUAAACCUGAUCUACAUCCAUCUUGGCAAGCGAAACGAUUGGAAAAAGCUAAAGUUGUUGAAUUGUGUAAAGGUCCAGUGGCAGAAGUAAAGCAUAUUGUAUUUACUGAUUGA